CUCAUUAAACUAAAAACAUUUUAGGACAAACCUUCAUAAAUUACAAAAAGCUUGUAUCGUGGGAUGGGGUGGGCGAAGACGUGUCAUGUACACGUGUAUACGAUUUUGAUUCAGUGCUGUACUCGUAUAAUUAAACAUCUCAGCUGGGUAGUAUAUAUAUUCUCGUGGUAAAGGUUUUAAUCAAUGCUUGUAGAAGUGGUUAUUGGUAAAUUCUUUUUAAUCUGUAGUGUAAAUUUUCGUAUAAUACCUUUAAAGUUACACAGGGUUUUUUUUUUUCUCUCUUUCGAAAUGUUAAAUCUCUUGAAAGGCCUUUAAAUUCCAUUUCAUUCUACGAAAGACCCUCAGCGUUAAUUCAAGUACUCAACGUGAUUCGUCUAAACGUGUAGACAAUUUUUUUUUUUAAAUUUGUUCUGUUUCGUGAAAAAGUUUGGUUUUACAAAAUAUAAAAUUCUACCACAGUCCGACAGUGUUCAAUAAUGGGGGUUUAUUGGAGAUUUUGUUCUUGAUCUCCAUAUUUAAUGCUUUUACAUACCAUACAAUUAUGAAAUUGAUUACCGUUCGUUCUCUUGAAUUUUUCAUACAGAUAAUUAGCGUACUUCGUUGUCGGCAUUGUUGAGGAGUAUAGUGUAACUGGUCUCAAGAUAUUGCCUUGCGUGCACGUACACACACACACACACACACACACGUGUAUAUAUCGGUAUACACAUGUAUGUAUAUGAUUUCACGUAUGCUGUUCCGUACCAUUUACAGCGCAAUUGGGUUUAAAAUAUAUGUACCAUGUAUAAAUAUAUAUUCUUUCAUUAGUAUAGUAGGAGAGACUUCACGGUAAAGUGGUCAUUUAACAACUUCAAACAAGUCCAAAGUUUCCUUGACCAUGGCGAGUGUAGUUCCUGACGCUGACGACGACCAAGUAGACGAGAGUGAACCAGUCGUCUGCGAGGACCUGGUUGCCGAGGGAAGUGAUGCCAAGCCCAAUAUUGAUUUCGCUACAGUUCCCGGAUAUAAUAAUGUACGACUGGACCAAUCGCUGCUCCCUCCUCCCCCGAUGGAUUAUAUACCUCCCAAGGACCAAAAACAACCGGAUUUCAUGAGUGCACCUGUUAUUUCUGAAGAAACCGCUAGACAAGCUUUAUUGGAAUAUGCUGCGCAACAAUGUUGCUGGGGAAAGGGAUCUGCUGAAAAGCUAACCUUCAAGCAGCUUCAAUCAUCUACCUCUUAUCAUUAUGUUUUGGAAACGUUUACGGAGGAGAGGAGUACUAAGUGGGAUUACGAUCCAUUUCAUGGUCAGCAUGUUGAUGGACCAGAAUUUGGACCUGCCCCAGGGCCCUGGGAUAUUUCAGCUACUUUCAAAGAAUUUUUCAAGAAUGAAACACAGCAUCAUGAAGUUCCCCAUACUGCCUAUGUAAAGGAUUGUCAUAAAUGUAAUGCAAGGGGAUAUGUCAGAUGCGGUAAAUGUCACGGCAGAGGAAGGGUGAAAUGUGGUUCAUGUCACGGAAGUGGUCGGAAACGGGUAUACCGGAAGGGCGAGCACCGCGUAGUUUCAUGCUCCAGGUGUCAUGGGAGGGGUAAAAGAAGCUGUAUGCGAUGCGGAGGGGACGGUCGUGUUAAAUGCCCUGUAUGUAAGAGCCAUUGCAGGUUACGGUGGUACAUAAAACUCACAAUAAACUGGAUGAAUAACAUAGGAGAACACAUCGUAGAAAAGACUGAGCUCCCAGAUAUUUUGAUAUCACAGGCUGCAGGGACAAUGGGAUUCGAGGACACACAACCCAGAGUGAUCCCAAUAGCCAGGUUUCCUGUACCAGAAAUCAAUGAUGCCUCCGCGAGACUCGUUGGUAGUCACCAGUUUCCCAAUCGAAGGAUCCACAUGCAGCAUCACAUAAUUCGCAUGGUGCCAGUGACACAGUGCUUCUGUCAGCUCAAAGAGAAGGAUAUGAAGUACUUUGUGUACGGUCUGGAGAGUCGAGUCCAUGCUCCGGAGUAUCCUGACAAGUGCUGCUGGGGGUGCACUAUACUGUGAUGGAUAUUUAGGGAAUGUUCUCCGUCACCAAGCUUUCAGUAGUUACGUCUACGACUUAUAAACGAAUGUUAUUUAUAUGCACAAUUUAUUAUAUCUAUAUUUGAUAUGAAGCAUUUCUGGGAGUUCAACAUAUGGCCUAUUGGUGUAUCUAUUUUUGCUUUCGUAGGUGGUAUCGGUAUUAUUCAGACUACAUGUACAUUUCAAAGAAUUCAUAUUAAACAGAAACGGGGUCCAUCAAUCUGAAAACACAUCUGAAAUAUAAUGGUGGGGGGGGGGGGAUCUCGAGAAUUUUCUAAAGCAUUUUAGAUGUAAGCAUUGAUUCAUUAUCUCUCAUAUACAGUUGUACAAAUUUAAUAGCAAUUCAUUAAUUUAAAACAAAGUCCCCAAAACACAUAUACGGAGUUUUGAAGAAAUAUGUAUAUUUUAAUUGUUCUAUGUACUGCUUGUUUCGGAAAUUUUUGAAACCAAUGCUUAUGAUGAACUUGCAACAGCAAGCUUGCGCUGCAUAGUAUAGAGUAAGAUCGCAUAUUGGUAAUAUUUUGUUGUGUUGUAAUUUUUCAAUCCGGUAACGUUUGUAAGCGUGACAGAUGUUGUUAAUUAAACAGUUAACUUGUAAUACAUGUAUUUUGAAGGUUUUCUUUAGUAUUUCCGCUCCUCUCGGUUUCUGAACAUUAAUUUGUCGUAAAUUGGGAAUUUAAACAGAGUGCCUAAUCAUUUCAAUUUUCUCAAUUAUUUUUUUUACACAGAUGGAUUAAACAAUUGUUUUGAAGAUAUUAUUGCCCGGGUAGCGCACUCGCUUCUCACCACUGCGACGAUCCUUGUUACAUGUAUCGGCAGUGGUAGUGUGUGCAAGAGGAUCAUUCUCUACCCAAAGUUUCGUGCGCUACUCGCACAGUAAGCUUGCGUAACGCGCCCUCUGGUGGGAGAAUGGCUAGAGGAUAUAUUGGUUGCCCGCUCGGUCACGUGGGUUUCCUCUGGGUCCCUCACCUUGUAAUGACCCCCUAACACUAUAAAUCUAUGCAAAAACCAAAAUAAGGAACCCAUUGGAAAUAGACUCCGGAGUCUUCGUGAUUAUAUCUUUGCCGUUACCAUGCAAGCCGAAUAAAGAGUUAUUUUGUCACAUAGUCCAUUAGUCCACUAACUUUGAAUUUGCUUAGUCGAUAUCCCUUAACAUAGCAGUCACCUAAAAUAAUUGAAUGCAUGGAAAUAGAACCAGUAGCGUAUACCAAGGUUUAUCAAGUGGCAUUUCAUAGGGCACCAACAGUUCUAUUCUAUAUUCCUCUGACGCUUCACUGACAAUACUUUGUAUAUCUAUAAUACAAUGCUUUGUAGCAGCUCCAUGUUAACGAUAAAUAAAUCAUGACGAAUUAUGGUGUCCGGAUAGGGCCAUUUGCAAAGGCGUGACUGCGC